CUCUCUAAUCAAAAAAGCUAAAAAGCGAUGGCCACUGCGAUGGUUCUCUCUUCUCAAAACCAUCGAUUCGAUCACGAAACCCUAAUCCACCGUAACCCUAAUUCUCGCCUUUGCCGCCACUCUUCCGCUGCUUCAACGGCUCCUCGCCGACGCAAGCGAAGCCCUACGGUUGUUAAAUCUCCGGCGGCGAAUACCAAUCUUGUAAUGGAACAAGUCAAGAUCCUCAAGCGCGGUGAGACAUUGAGUGCGUUUAAGAACAAGGAAAACAUUAGCUCCGAUGACACAAGACGACCUGUUUUGAAGAUGAUUAAAGAUGUUGAUCUGAUUGUAUCGUCCACUAAUAGAAUUGGACCUGAACCAGAGAUUUUGAUGAAACAGAUCGGAGCUUCUAAAGGAUUGCAGAUCUUCUCCGGAGCUAUUUGCUCUAUUUCGCCGCUUCCAAGCUGUGUUCCGAUUCCAUGUUUCUUAGGGAAGAACAAUCUCCUUAUUUAGAUCUCCAAAAGAAGAUUUUGGAAAGAAAAAAACCGUCUUUUCGAUGGUCUUGUAAGAGCAGAUUUGUGAAGAAUCCUGAGAAAGAGAGUAAACAAAUUUGUUUGUUUAUCUCAAAGAAGAAGAUGGAGAAUGUGAUCACAAAACGCCAAUUGCAACCAAAAUUUGUACUCUGUGUUUCGGUGUAACAGUCACUGUGACUCUUUUCUAUGGCUUUUGUAGUUUGUUUUUGUUUGGAUUUUGAAGUUUGUAGUUGUCACUUUUCACAUGAUUCAAAUCUCUUUUUAUGCAAUAAAAAUCUUAUAGUAAUACAUCA